GAUAGCCCUUCCUGUUCCGGAAGUUCCUGCCCUGAUUCUUCCUGUUCUGGCUCGAACUGUGAACCUACUGUUUGCAUCGGGGACGACUGCAGCCCCUCGGAAGACUCUUGUUCAAGUGGAGAAUGUGACUCUUCUACGGAUAAAUCUAUAAUACCUACUAAGUCAUGCGAAAAUGGCACCUGCGAUGAAUCGUUACCCACUGCUACACCUGAAACAUGCACAGGUGAAGGAUGUUCAAACGAAGUGCCGACGACGACCGAGGAGAUUCCCAUGGCCACUUUUUGUGAUCAUCAGGACCCACACCAUGCGAGGAAGUUGAAAAGGCUCGGCAAGGCGUUGAACGUGGUCGAUGCCGUCCCCAGAGGAAAUUUGUGGGAAUAUCUGGACAGGGCCAAGCGAAAUGCAUCAAUUGAUGGAGAACCCAGGAAAACGCAUGCUAGUGUUACUGCAAGACGUCUGGAAAUUCUAGAGAAUGAUGAGACUGGAGCGAAGAGCGAAGAGAAAUUAGAGGUUAAGCCCACGGCCCGAAAAUCCAAGAAAUCGGGGAGACGUUCCGGGGAUAAAAAAACCGCGUCCAAGGUUAACACCAGGAAGUUUGACAAUAGUCCUGAAGUGAUUGCUCAGGAUCAUGAAGCGGGGAAACUGUCUGCCCAUGAUUUCACAAUCAAAAGGCAGGUGCACCUGACUGGCGAUGCUUUGAAAGAGACGAAAGCUGCAUCCAGAUCAGCGAUCCAUAAUCAAUCAAACGAUCAAUCAUUUAUAAUGAACGGAAGAAAGGUAUCAUGGUACAAUGGAAAACAAAGGUCUAUACAUUUAGCGCAUCACAAGCGAUCUAAAAGUCCAGCUGAACAGAGCUCGUGAGUCCGAAAUCCGAUUGGCUCGUUUAGAAUCGUGGAAACCCUAAAUUUGAAUUUCGCGCUCAACUGUACUUGGCGCGGAACUCUAUCGAGUAUCUUGAUCCCCGGUAGACGGAGUUGUGUGCGAAAACAGUCAGUAAAAAGAAGACAAUUUAAAUAGUGGACGCGCGAGGUAGAGAUUUUUUAUAUUUUGGCGAUUUUUAAUCGAAAUUACAGACUUUUCCAUUUUUCUGAGGUUAGGACGGAGUAAUUGUACUGCGACCAUUCUUUGCGUUGAGGUGUUUGUGAAAUAGCAAAAAUUUGGACAGAACGAU